AUGAUCUCAAGAGGGCACGGGACUCGCGGAAUGAUUUCAAGAGGAAACAGGACUCGCGGAGAGAUCUCAAGAGGGCACAGGACUCGCAGAGUGAUCUCAAGAGGGCACAGGACUCGCGGAGUGAUCUCAAGAGGGCGGUGUGAUCUCAAGAGGGCACGGGACUCGCGGAGUGAUCUCAAGAGGGCACAUGUCUUGCGGUGUGAUUUCAAGAGGGCACAGGACUCGAGUAACAAUCUCAAGAGGGCACGGGACUCGAGGAACGAUCUCAAGAGGGCACAGGACUUGCGGUGUGAUCUCAAGAGGGCACAGGACUCGAGUUACGAUCUCAAGAGGGCAUGGGACAAGAGGAACGAUCUCAAGAGGGCACGGAACUCAGGUAGUGAUCUCAAGAGGAGGGCACGGGACUCGAGUAACGAUCUCAAGAGGGCACAGGACUCGAGUAACAAUCUCAAGAGGGCACAGGACUCGAGUAAGGAUCUCAAGAGGGCACAGGACUCGCGGAGUGAUCUCAAGAGGGCACAGGACUCGAGUAACGAUCUCAAGAGGGCAUGGGACUUGAGGAACGAUCUCAAGAGGGCACGGGACUCAGGUAGUGAUCUCAAGAGGGCACAGGACUCGCAGUGUUCUCAAGAGGGCACAGGACUUGCGGUGUGA